AUGGUCGACUCACAUGACCGCCAGCCAUUUGCAACCAUCACUCAUAUGCCCCGACCGACGUCACCGGCCUCGUUAGCCCACCCAGGCUACAGCCCCGAUGAUUUUGCGCAGUUGGAGCACACAUUCGAUCGAGUCUGCGCGGGAAGGAUACACAAGGGCAGACGUGCUUUUGAUCUAGACCAGUACUUUGGGUUCUUCAACGUCACUGAUGCCCAGAAAGGCGGCGACUACGCCAACAGCGUGGAAGCGAAGUUCCGAGCGCAUGAUAUCGAUGGCGACGGAUUGUUGACCCUUGACGAGAUCCAGUUGGUCUGUGAUGCAGAUGGGUGUGACUGA